AUGCCUGCUGCAACUUUGCCUGCACGACCUAGCCGGUCAAAAGAAGUCCUUGAUGACCUCAUUAUGGGAACCAACAGUAGUAGCAUCGUCUCCAAGCGAAGCGUUGAACGGCUCUAUUAUGCCAACGAGCCUCACUACUUCCGCUACUUUGUCCAGAAACCUCAGAGGAGAGCGCCACUCAUCAACCGUGGCUACUGGCUUAGAUUGAAGGCUAUUGAUGUCGUGGUGCGUCAAUUUCUUUCCAGACCGUCAACCAAUACCAAGAUUAUCGUGAAUCUGGGAUGUGGGAGCGAUGUUCUCCCAUGGCAGUGCCAUGCUCGGUAUGGGGACGUCUGCCAAAACGCCCUCUUUGUCGAUGUAGACUACCCCGAUUUGAUGCGCAAGAAGCGUGUCCUUGUCAGGGAGACACCGCAGCUAUCACAGCUCCUGGGACCGGAUGCGUCAUUCAGUGAAUCUGAUAAUGAUCCCGUCCUCAUCAAGAGUCCGGCUUACUGCCAGAUUGCAUGUGAUCUACGCCAGCUCGAGAUGCUUCGUCGUACACUGGCGUCUCUCGUUCCACUCGACCAGGCCGAAGUCCUCUUCGUUGCUGAGGUGUCCAUCACAUACAUGGACACACCUUCCACUGAUUCACUUAUCGAGUGGGCCAGCUCGAUCGGCAAGGUCGAAUUUUGCCUCCUUGAACAGAUCAUCCCCGAGGGGCCUGAACAGCCCUUUGCAAAGACGAUGCUCAAGCAUUUUGACAAGCUCAACACGCCGAUAAAGUCUGUCAGGACAUAUCCUAGUCUUGAAAGCCAGCGCAACCGCUUCCAAUCUCGUGGUUGGGCGCAUGUUGACACCUGGGAUCUCUGGGAGACAUGGCUGGAUGACAGCUUUGUUACCCCGCCUGAGCGUCAGGAGCUAGAUGCAAUAGAGCCUUUUGAUGAAUGGGAGGAAUUCAUGCUCUUUGGUCGCCAUUACUGCUUGCUGCAUGCCAGAGCUGUCCGCCCAGACUCCUACAUUGCCUCCGCGAGUACGCCGCCGUCGUCAGGUGCCCCAUCGUCCAAGGUCGAGGUAGUGUCACAAACACACUCCAGGCCGAUAAGACGCCGAUUCGGAAAUACGGCUGUUAUCUCGAGUGUUGAAGGCUCGCGCUAUGCAGCUCACAUCAUGGGUCUAGGAAAGGACAGCCGGUCAGAUACAUGUGAUCUCUAUUCCCUGGGAGACUCCAGGACGUCUCUCAGACUCCCCUUGCACGGACCUCCUCCCCGUAUGUGUUCCACCUUGACUGCUCUAGGGGAGUAUGGGACCCUCCUAGCCGGAGGCCGAGCUUCGCCGAGCAAAGCCUUCUCCGACUGUUGGCUCCUCAAAAGAGGGUCUGAUGGGUUGGAAUGGGAGAAGACGUGGGAUUUGCCAGUCUCCUUGUUUCGGCACAGUGCCACUCGCCUGGGAAACUCGUCGCUUGUUCUGGUCAUGGGUGGUAAGAUGGACCAGUCUCGAGUUUCUGAGAACAGCUUUGUGUUCAACCCUGAGAUGGGUUGGUUGAAAAGCAAGGUGAUUGGCGAGAGGCCCAAGGCCACAUUUGGCAGCGUUAUCUGCAACUCCGAAGAGUUUAGUAACGGACAUGGGACAUUUACGGGACUUCUGUUUGGUGGCAUGCUACAGGAUGGUACACUGUGUUCGACGGCAUACACGUGGAAGCUGGACUUGCAAGAUGGACAGCCAGCUAUUUGGUUCCAAGAGUUGGGUGUCCAAUAUGAGGCUCUGUCAAUCUUUGGCGCUGAUCUCGUCGAACUCGGCCCAUCAACAGUGGCCGUCUGUGGAGGGACAGGCUCUAGCCCGCGUCAGCAGGGGCAGAGUAUCACAUUCAUCUCUACUUCAGGCGGGCAGUGCAGUAUACUUGCCGCAGUUGAUCUCUCAUCUACGACGAAAGGGAUGCCCUUCAUGAUUGGGUCCUCUGUGUUCCUGGAUGACACAAGCCUUACCGUCCUCGGAGGUGGCGCAACAUGUUUCUCCAUGGGGACCUUUUGGGAAACCAGGUCGUUCCACAUCGGCCUCCCUCAGGAAGUCCUGGCAGUUCUGAAGAGGGACGGUAGGCCACUGACCCUAUGCGAGUACCUAGAAUCCCCAAAGGUCCUGCCCAAGCCCCGCCAAGAAGAUUCUAUCCACGGCUCACAGGGAAAGGUAUGUAUAAGACAGAUUCCUCGGGAGAAAAUCACCGAUGUAGGCGCUUUUGAGAGAAUUCUCAGAGAAGGCAAGCCUGUUAUCCUGGAAGGUCUCGACGUGGGUACGUGCGUCGAUAGAUGGACGCCAGAGUACCUGGUGGGCCACGUUGGCAAGGACAAGGAAGUCGUUGUCCAUGAGUGCCAAGGCGACAGCGGCAAUCUGGACUUCAAUUCAAAAAACUUCCAAUACGUGACGGACAAGUUUUCCAAUGUCAUAAACCGCAUAAGCAACGGAGACAGACUAUAUCUGCGCUCAUUGUCACAGGAUCAACCAUCUCAAUCCGCUGCCGACAUGGACAAGGAUUUUCCUGGCCUGGCUCCGGAUUUUCGCCUCCCCAAAGAACUGGCUUUUGUCAAGGAGAGGCGGUUUAGCUCCGUCCUCAGGUUAUCCGGCAGGGUCAACAUGUGGCUGCAUUACGAUGUGAGUACCUGGGACACCCUGUAUUGGACUGUCAUGGCCAAUGUGUAUACACAAAUCAAGGGAACGAAACGCAUGAUUCUCUUUCCGCCGAGCGAUGUGCGCCAUCUGGCCUUUGCGCCGGGAGCUUCCAGCUCGAGUCUAGAUGUCUUCUCAUCACUGAACUCACAGAUACUGGCGCCCACACACCCUCACGAAGCCACUCUUGGGCCCGGAGACAUCCUGGUGCUGCCUCCCAUGUGGUUGCACACUGCAACACCGAUGAGCGACUUGAGCGUGGCCGUCAACGUGUUCUUCCGCGACAUGGAGACGGGAUGCUACGCAGCCGGACGAGAUGUGUAUGGUAACAGGGACCUGGAGGCUUACGAAAAAGGACGUGCGGAUGCAACCAAAAUCUCCAAGAGUUUUGAGAAGCUUCCCCCCGAGAUUCGCCGGUUCUACCUGUCCAGAAUUGCAGAUCAGCUCAUGACCUCGGCCGAGGCUGCAGAAUGA